AACAGGAAGCAGGAAACACAGGAAGCAGGAAACAGGAAGCAGGAAACAGGAAACAGGAAGCAGGAAACAGGAAAUACCAAAAAAGGGGGUGAGGGCUCAGGCAGAUAGACUGCCGAGGUAAAGAAGCUAUUUACUGCUCACGAUGAGCGAAGAAGAAAGGGUACAAGUAUUCCUCACCGACGAAGAGUUGUCUCGCACUCUACCGCAAAACCAUGAGGAUCGUAUGAAGAUAACGUUUCAAGAGUAUGUGAAUGCGUUGGCAAUCAAGGCUCAAGUGGAAAGCACACCCGAUCUCGACAAUUUGAGUGAUUGGUGGUAUGUCCAAUUGGCUAUUGUUUGUAAGGACGACAUUGAGAAUGCGCUCCAUCGGUGUUAUGGAUUGCAAAGCUUUCGAGAAGAAUACAAGGUUUUAGAUAGCUACGAAGAUGGAGUUCGGAAUCUGGCGAAACUAUUUGAAAUGUUUCCCAGACAAUUCUUAAUGUUUGACUUUAGUGACAAAGAUGGGAUCUAUGUCUUUGUCCAUGACUUGGUCAAGUUCGACCCAAAGAUAUUCACAUCACAUCAAAUGGCCGAAGAUUGGACGCGUGGUUGGAUGUACAUUCACUAUCUCAUGCAUCCGGAUAUUGAAUCCAUCCGGAAAGGCAUCAUUGUACUGAUAGAAUGCGAGGGAUUGACACUGCAACGAGACGCCAUGAAGCACAGCAACAGAUUCUUUGAAGAAUUCUUGGGGGUUUUCCCUUUCUUUGGAGAAGCACGGCAAUUCCAUACUGGAUUUUUUGCCACUAUAUUUUUCUCUUUCUUGAAGAAGAUUGUGCCCAAAGAAGUCAGCUCGCAAAUCAAUGUUGGGUACAAGUUUGAUGGGCACAUGGGGGAUGCUUUCUUGGUUCCCACAGUGGAAGAAGCCAAUGAAAGAAUGUUGACCAAAUUGAAAGCAGCCCUGAAGCAACGCUAUGAGUUCGAAAAGUCUUUUUCCCUGAACAACCACUGUAUUGUAAAUAACUGAAGAGAGCUAAGCACAGCAUCAACAAGGAUUGAAAAAGUGCGUUGUAUAU